AACGCUAAAAAGAUAUCUCUUGAGUGGCGGAUACUAAUCUAUGCCUCCUUUGUAGGCAGGCGUAGGAGGCAUUCUCACAGUGGUGGGUUUAGCAGGAGCCGGGUUUUGAUCAUGGGACGCGUAGUAGGCUUUGGCUCUGGCUGCUUCUCAGUUAUUGCCACCGGAGUUACCACCAGAGGUUUCCUUACUGCAUCUCUGCAUGACAACGCCACUCCUCCUCCUCUUCCUCCUCUUCGUAACAAUCGUAGAAGGACGAGAAAUGCGCCUGUAACACCACCACCAAAGCAGCAGCAACAGCCAUCGGUGGCAGAGGUCGAAAGGGCCAUCGGAGCCGGAAUUUUCCGAGACAGAGACCCCAGGGGCUCAGGGGAGAGAUCGACUCUGUUCGAUAUGCUAGUGUCGAGCCCUCUCGGCCAACCUGAAGGAUCCAUCGAGAGGAAGCUUCGUGAAACUGGCGAGUGGGUCAUCGACACAACAGAAGGCGCCUCUCGUUCUGCCGGGCAAAGAAUUUUGCUGGUGGUAUGUCUAGGGGUCCUACCAGUGUGGGUGUUAUUGCUCUUAGUUGCCUCUGGGGUUAUAAAGCUACCCUUCAGUGCCCCUUUUCUGGAUGACUUGCUCAUGUGAUAUUAUGAGUAUCUCAACACAUUUCAUCUGCUCAAGCUGUGUUUUCAAUUUAACUGCUCCACGAAGAUGUUGUCGAGCUUGCCUUCCCGGUGAUCAGGGUUAAAUCCAAGAAAUUGGGGGUAAAUGUAUAGAUGUGGCGAAUGGGUUGCUUGGUCUCUCUCUGUAAAUACGUACAUAUGGGCUCUUUUUCCCCUUCAUCAUAGUAAUCUGAGUAUGCUUCUGUUAUGAAUUU